AUGCUUCGAUCUCAACCUCCAGCUAUGGCUGGCGGUAUCAAGCAACCUGGAGCGUAUGAUAUAUUCCCACCACCGAAAGUAUCAUCAUGGUUGGACGGUAUUCAAGCUAAAAUUCAAAAUGGGUUAAAUCCCCCGGAUUCACCGGGUCCAUCAAGAUCACCUUCACCCAUAUUACAAGAUCAACAAGUUGACAUAGUGCUUGAAGAAGUCCAGAAGAUACAAGGUGAACCUCUGUUCCUGGAUCCAGGAGAGGGGCUGGAAUACGACGAUGAAUAUGACGAGGAUGAUGACCUCGAAAAGGAAUAUGACGAAAACGAGGAUGAAGAGAUAGAGGAAGAUUAUGAUGAAGACACUGUGCAUCACAGUGAAUCUCAAUCAUUAAUAGAGCCUGAUAAACCUCUUUUUGAGCUUCCUGGUGACGAAGAUGAAUACGAAGAUGACGAAGAGGACGAGAGAAGAGAGCUAGAGGAGGAGGAGGAGGAGGAGGAGGAAGAAGAAGAAGAAGAAGAAGAAGAAGAACAAAUUGAAUAUCAGGACCAGGAGCAAGAGCAGGAGCAAGAAGAGGAUGAGUUAUUUGUGUCAAAGUCACAAGAAGAAUAUGAUCCUGCAUAUGGCAUAGUACCUGAAGAAGACGGUGCUGCGUAUGUCGGUUCUGAUGGAGACGUUUAUGGAGAUGAGGACGAGGAUGAGGAGGAAGAAGAUGAUGAGAAUGAAGAGGACGAAGGUCAGGAAGACGAGGAGGAUGGAGACCAAGAUGAUGAGGAAAAUGAAGAUGAGGAGCAAGAGUCAGAGGAUGGGAUUGAAUACGUUGGAGCAUCCGCAUCACCGGGUCCUCCUGUCGAUCAAUCAAUGUCCUCAUCACCUCAAUUGCCGCCGAGUAACCUUUAUCCCACAUUACCUCUUCCCCCUCCAGAAUUCAGUGAACCAAAUAUCGCUUUCCAGUCGCAUUCGGAAGAUCGAAUCGCACAACUGCCUCCAUUCUCAGAGGAUGCAAUCGACCCUAACCUCCUCGCCGAGAUCGUUCAACAAGUGCAUGAAGCUAUGCCAGAUGAUGAAGCUGGACCUUCCACUUUUGUCGAAUCUUUGCCUUCUUUUGAUAUUCUUCAACCUCAGACUGACUAUGCAAGGGGCGUUUACGAUCCUGUACAGCCAGGAUACAACGAAAUAGGAGAGGAAGAAGAACAGCUCGAACAAGGUCAGUAUGAGCAGGAUCAGUACCCACAGAAUGAAUAUGAAGAGGAUGAAUUGGAGCAUGAAGCUGAACACCAUGGUCAACAAUUUUAUGAUGACGAAGAAGAAGAUGAAGAAGAAGAAGAUGAAGAAGAAGAAGAAGAUGACGAGGACGAAGCACAUGAACAAGAAGCGGUCUCUGCUCCCAGACAACACUCGUACUCGGAAGUCAUUGAAAUUGGCUCGUCAUCCGAAGAGGACCAGGAUGACGAGGACGAAGGAGAGGGUUCUUCCGACGAGGAAGAAGAAUCAGAGGAAGAAGAACAGUUGGAAAUUACCCAAGAGAACGAAAAUGAAGACGAUGAUGAUGACGAUGAAGGAGAACAACAACAGCAGGACAACAUAAUCAAUGCAAUUGAUCAAGCAUUUGUCGGACAAGAAGAGCGUACUCCGCAAGUUGAUUUACCCACCGAAGAGCAAGCUUCCCCUCAAGAAGCUAUAAUGUACGAUGGAGAAGUCAUAGAAGACCGAGAAACACCCCUACCUCAAGUGACAUUGCCAGUUCUUUCAUCUGGUUACGAAGAACCCUCUCCCAAUGUCCGGCCUGACGAACUUAUGGAGGUCGAUGUCAUGCAAAUCCCGCUAAUGGAUCAGCUGAUGGCCGAGGAGCUUCCUCCAACUCACGAGCCAUCACCAUCAAUCUUCACCGAAACUAUCAUCACGACUACUACGGAAACAACACAAGAAGUCGCUGAGAAUUCAAACCCAGCUAUUGAUGAGAUAUCAUCACUGCCAGUGGAAUCAAGAUCCCUGAGUGGUAAAUCGAUGACCCCUGAGAUCACAGAUGUGUUCACCGUAGAUGUCGAUGAUGUCCUCGAGGAGCCAGAACAAACCAUCAUAGACCGACUCGAAAGCGCAAACUUCAGCCCCAUCCAGCGGCCUGCGAUGAUUACGCCUCCGGUACAAUUUGUUGGAGAAGAUUUUGUGGCUUUUGACUUCUUGGAUACCCCUGAUUUUUCUGCUCCAAACAGCACCACGCAGACGCCUGAGAAUAUCGAAGAGGAUGUCGUAGCACAGAACAGCAAUGCGCUCCACUCGGAACUUCCCCAGUCCGGUGGUAUGUUAGUGGAUAACAUCAUCAAUAAUUUAACAGAUCCCAAGGUCAGCUCACCAGACGCUCAGACAAUAACGCCUCUCAUUCCUCACCUCCAACAAAUUGAUGUAGAGAUAUCACCGUCACUCAUCUUCGAGCCACCUGCAGAUCCUAGACCAACCGAAGGAGUGUCUCUGCCUUCCGAGGAACGCCCUGAUACUCCUACAGAAUUGCCCGACCCCAAGGUAUCUUCACCAGCUACUAUAGAUCUUUUGCCGUCGAUCCCUCAUGAUAGUCGGCCUACCAUGGACCGGUCACUAUCCUUAGUCGUCGAGCCCCCUCAAGAAAAUCCACUCCUCAACGAAAUCAUGACUGCCCCAGACUCAAGGGCCAGCACACCUAUCUCCUUGCCUGAUCCAGCGGUACCCCGUCUGAACACUUCCGCUACGCUACCAUUGGAUAUACACACUAUAACACAUGAAAAUCACAUCACACCCCCUCUUGUGGUUGAGAUCCCUCAAGACCCGGUACGGGCCGAGAUCACCUCAGUGCUGGUAUCUCGCCCUUCAACACCACCAUCACUCCCUGAUCCACUUCUCGCUCUCGUCGACACAUCCGCCAUAUAUCGUCCUAAUCCUAAUGACUUGGUUCCGCACCCGCCUUCUUCGCCUUCCGUGAUAGUGGAACCGCCAGCAAAAGAUCCAGUCCUGUCCGACAUCAUAUCUGCACCUGGCACCAGAGCUGCCACACCGACUCAGCUGCCAGAUCCUUCAUCACCUCCAGCUGUCGCGUAUCUCAAUGCCCCGUUGACUCCACAUCAUUUUGAUUUCAACAGCAAUGCGCCUCAGACUGCAUUCAUGCGGGCAGAACCGACUGACGAUGGCUCACCUGGAGUUCUCUCGAGAAAUCCUUCAGCUCUCGGUUCUUUUGUUCAGUUUUCGGACGUCGAAGUUAUGAGUGACGAUGAUGUUAAGGUGGACGUGAGACGAAUCGAGCCCGAUGAUGGAGAGCAGGAGGAUGAGCCAAUGACUGAGGGGAAAUUGGCCGAUCGGGAUGACCAGGAGACUGAGGAAAAAAAGCUGGAAGAAAGAGAUAGCCAAGAAGAUGAUAGCAUGGAUGAGGAUAGUCAAAAUGAUGCAGAAAAGGAAGGACUGAAUCUCGGCGAUUCUCAAGAACCUUCAGUGGAGGAUGGGGAGCCACAAGUAAAGGAAGCUUCGGUCCAAGAUAUUGGAGAAUUGGACCAAUCAAGUCUUGCACAGGGAAGCUUGAUUGCCGAGGACGACAUACAAAUUACGAUCCGUCACAUCAAUACGGACGCAAUUGAAAAUCCCGAUCAAGAGGAAGAUAAUGCACGGGAGGCUCAACAGAUUAGAAAUCCGUUGGAAGAGCCAAGCAUGGAGGCUGAAGAAUAUCUAGAGGAGCAGCAGAGAGAGCCAAGCCCAAUCGUUGAGAUUCAGCAAAAUAUAGAUCACACUUUUUCAGGUAAUCAAGUUUCACAACCUUUAGAAGAGAAUGACAAUCCAGAUAACUCUGUUGGUGACGUUCUCGAUGAGGAAAGUAAUUUGCCUUCUUCUUCGACAGUACUGGAGCGAUUGGACGACGAACAAAUUCAAGCUGGAUCUCCUCAAAAAGAAGAAAAACCCAGUCUCCUUUCUCACGUCAGUGAAUCGACGAUCCAGCGUUUAUUCCAUCGUCAUGGAUCACCUGGUGAUACCACUAUCCCUGCGCUUAUUCCCGCGACACAUCGACGAACACGUUCUCGUGCUCGACCAUUUGGUUCUCCCGGUCUUGAACCUCCCACAACCCGAUCACAUUGCUACUAUGAGAAGUUGCGUGUAGCUGACGACGGUCUUACAGCCGUAAUACUUGUACCCCAUUGCUCCGUUCCCGGCGAAAGUCAAUUAGAGGAAGAGACCUCAUACCUUGAAGGCAGAUCCACCGAAGACGAAGAAGCGGAAGGCAUGAAACUGCAAAUGGAUCACGAAAAUGCCGUUCUCUGCCCUCAGUUGACUUUCAAGAUCCGGCGUUUGGUUGGAGCACAGCUCUUCGACGAAGGUCAUUGUUAUGUUCUCUAUGCCAACGAUGAUGCCAAGCUGUCUGAAGCUGGAUCGGACGAUACGCCAAAGAGCAGUAGCAAUCGAAGACACAGCAAGAGACAAUCUAUCAGCACAGAAGAAAUUGGAAGUACUUCAACACCCGUUAAAAAUCAAGCGACCCUAUCACCUCCCGCGACCAGAAGUACCAGAAAGAGCGCAUCGUUUUCAGCUUCCGUAGAGCCUGAAAGCGAUGCCACUGUUACUCCCGCUAGGAGGGGAAGAGGUGGCAGAGCUUCCAGCGCUAGAACAGGCAAAGGAAGGGAAUCAUCCAUCAUAUCUGACGCCGGGACCAGAAGAUCAACAACCGCUUCUCCUGGUCCAGCAUUGAGGCGCUCAGCUAGAAUGUCAGUUGCUCGAGGUGAUGAUAUCCUAGAAGUGGAAGAGUCUACACCCGCUCCUGUCAAGGGCGUUGUAGACGAUAAAUCCGCGACCGCGUCACCUGCACCUGAACUCGAAGAUGGAACUACUAUUAAACCCACUCGCAUGCCAAGAAGAUCGACUCGACACUCCCUUCCAGGCAAGCAAACAACCGUGUCGCCUGUACCUGAAGCUGCAACCGAAGCUGGAUCUGAAGCUGCAUCCAAUGCUGAACCCGAAGCUGAAGGUCGAGCGACUGCUGAAUUAGAGGAUGGAAUCGAGGACAAAACUGAAACAGUCACGGCAACUGCGAGUCACACAGCAAUAUCUUCCGGACCAACAAAACUUGAUUCUCCAAGAAAGUCAGUCACUUUGGCAAACAAGAUCGAUGAAGCUCCUUAUCGCCCUGAUUCAGAUGAUGAAAAUGAGCAGGAAGAGAAUGAUCUUGCACAAGAACCACCAUCUGCUAAAUCUGAAUUUAGUAUUGAGAUCCCAAGUAAGAAAAGAAAAUCUGGAAUGUCAAAGGCUGACCAAGAAGUUAAAGCUGGAAUCGAUGGUCAGGUCGAUGUGAAUAUGGAUGAAACUCCAGCUUCAUCGACUAGAAAAAGAAAAGCUAGAGCGGCAUUGGAUCGUCCUGUCGAUUCCACUGAACAAGAAAGGGCAGGGGGUUCAAUCGAAGAAGGAGAAUCGAUAAGAGAAACAAGGGGAACGAAAAGAAGAGCAAUAGAGAAUAAAAUGCUUCUAGGUACACCUAUACCUGAACCUGCUCCUGAACAACAUGACGACAGAGAUGUUGAUCUGGACGUGGAUGUCGAGGUGCAGACAGAGGCCAGUGAUAAUCGAACCUUGCAGAGGUCAGAAAGCUGGGGAGGUAAAUUAUGGGAGAAAUUUGGGUGGGGUAGAUAA